GCGUUUCAGAAACGGAAGCUACUUGGGAGAAAAUUAAAUACGCAUGGCAAACUUGGGGAAAAUGUCACAGCACGGUACCAAGAAAAGAAAACUAGACCGGAGUACAGAGGAUUACAUGUACUUUGACAGCUACUCCGAUGUCACCAUUCACGAAGAGAUGAUUGCAGACACUGUGCGCACUAACACGUACAGAAUGGGCAUUUUUAAAAACAGCAAGUCAAUAGAAGGGAAAGUGGUGCUUGAUGUGGGUGCCGGUACCGGCGUCUUGAGCUUAUUCUGUGCGCAAGCGGGUGCCAGGAAGGUUUAUGCAGUCGAAGCGAGCUCGAUUGCCGAUCAGGCUGUGAGAAUCGUCAAACUGAAUCAGAUGGAAGACAGAAUCGAAGUCAUUAAAGCUACACUAGAGACGAUCGAACUGGCCGAACAGGUGGAUGUGAUUGUCAGCGAGUGGAUGGGCUACGCGCUUCUCCACGAAUCCAUGCUGAACUCUGUGAUUUUCGCCCGGGAUAAGUGGCUCAAACCCGGUGGCCUCAUAUUACCGUGCCGGGCGGAUCUUUACAUCGCUCCCAUAAACGAUCUAGUGGUGGAGGGCAGGUUGAAUUUUUGGAGCACCGUUAAAGGACAGUACGGCGUGGACAUGUCCUGCAUGACCGACUUUGCCAGGAAGUGCAUCAUGAACAAAGACAUCACUGUGAAUCCGGUGACUGUGGAGGAUGUGCUCUCCCACCCGUGCAAGUUUGCCGAGCUGGAUUUGAACACGGUCACCCACGAGCAGCUCAAAGAUGUGAGGGGCGUGUUCAGCUGCCAGUGUUUCGGCUCGUCCUCUAUCCACGCCUUGUGCGUGUGGUUCACCGUGACUUUCCCCGCUGAGGAGAAGGCCCUGGUGCUCUCCACAUCUCCAUUUAAACCAGAGACGCACUGGAAACAGGCUGUGCUGUAUCUGGAUGAUGCUGUGGAUGUGAUGCAGGACACUAAAGUUGAGGGGGAGAUCAGUUUGUAUCCCUCUGAGGAGAAUUCUAGACACAUAUGCAUCCGCGUGGACUAUGUGAUAGGUGAACAGAAAAAACACUCCAAAACUUUUUCUAUUCCUGAUCAGUAUUUAGAAGUUAAAUAGAAGUUUGGCCAUUAUAUUUUUUUUUUAGUUAUUUACCUAGUCAAAUACAUGAAGGAAUGCUAAUGGAUUUUAUGGUCAUUUUGAAUUUUUCUUUUUGUAAUCAAAGAAACGUUAAAAAUAAAAAGAGUCUUGCUGGAUGCAAUAAAAUAAGAUUAGAUUCAAAUUAUGGUAAUAUAUAAUAAUAAAUUCCAUUAGCAUUGCUUUUGGAUUGACCCCCACACAUGGUUUUCACUGAAUGGCAUAUUUUUCACAAUGAAUUAUUCCUUGAAUUAUUAAGUGUCUGGGGGAAAAUCAUGUUGAAACUCCUGUCUAUGGACAGCACAUAUGCAAAGUUAUACAAAAUAAACAGUGCUUGCCUGA